UCCCACAAGAAGAACAACAACCAGAAGAACAAGAUUGUUCGUUCAUAGUUUUACUUGGAAACAGUUUUUUGUAAGUAUCAUACAUGCUGCAUCUUCAUAUGAUUGGAUCCCAUGACCACCUGAUCUCUACAAAGAUUUGUAUGGACUCCCUGAUUCUUGAGAGAUAAUUAAGGGAAUUCAUUUAAAAAUAGCAAUGAAUGCCCUGAUUAUAAAGAACUUCAUUUUUAACAUAAAGAGGGCUUUUGUGUGUACUGUGUAGGACACGUUAGGUCCCUUAUCUCUAAAUUCAGUUAACUACAAAGGUCAGGUGUUACAGGUGUUUAAGCACUGAUAUAUAAAGGAAACUCCUUUACAGCUUUGUGCACUACACUCAUACCUGUACUCUCUGUCAUUUGAAACUUACUGCUGAGCAAGAAUAGCUUUUAUUUCUUACGACUACAUUUCCUGAUUUUCUCUCUCUAAACAUCUCAACAAAGCAGCAAUAAUGAGUUCUUGUUCGGGACCAGAAAAUGCCAAAGUUUUAGUGGUAGGUUCAGGUUUUGCAGGUUUGGCUGCUGCAGCCAAGUUAGUGGAGGCAGGAUUUGAAAAUGUCCUGGUUCUUGAGGCAAAGGAAAGAGUUGGAGGUCGAGCGCACACCACUAAACCGUUCAGCGAGAAUGUCAUUGAAGUUGGAGCUAACUGGAUCCACGGGCAGAAAGGAAACCCUCUGUUCAAGAUUGCGAAAGAGGAGAACCUGCUAUCUGAGGGACCUUCUGCACGCAAAAACAUGUGCCAGCCUCGUUCUGUAACUCCUCAAGAUUACUUUUUCAAAGAAGAUGGGAAGCAGGUGUCCAGAAAAGUUGUAGAUCUGGUGAGUUCGUUCUUCAGCAAGCUCACCGAUAAAGCUUUUGAUGAUGAACUCCAGAGCAGGCACAGGAAACUAAGUCUAGGUGCUUAUCUGGAUGAUGCCUUCGGUGAAGCUCCUCUAGCGGCGACAGAGGACGGCCGGCAAGUUUUUGAAUGGUGCAAAAGAAUCGAAUGCACAGAUGAGGCUUGCUCUACCCUCUACGAGGUUUCUGCGUCUCAGAUUAGCAAUUACACUGCUCUAGAGGGAGGAUUUUUUAAUACUUUGGGACCUGGUGGCUAUCAAGCAAUUUUGGAUCUUCUCCUGAAAGAUCUGCCUUCGGGAACUAUCCAGUGUAGUGCACCGGUCAAGAGCAUCCAAUGGGACUUGGUCAAAAAAGGUAGUGGUGAAGAUCAAAGGUAUCCUGUUAAGGUCGUCUGUGAAAAUGGACAGAGCUUUGAGGCAGAUCAUGUGAUUGUCACUGUAUCUCUGGGGGUUCUCAAAGACAAAGCCACAACCAUGUUUGAGCCGUCCUUACCGGAGAAAAAGCUGUCUGCAAUUGAGAAUCUUGGCUUUGGGAUAGUGGACAAAAUUUUCCUGUUUUUUGAGGAACGUUUCUGGCCAGACGACUGUUCCGGGGUUCAGCUGGUGUGGAAAGAAGGGCCUGAAGAUAAAGAUGUUUAUGAGUCUCUGUCUGAAGGAGAAACCUGGAAAAAGACGUGGUUCAAGAAGAUCACUGGUUUUGACACAGUGGCUCGUCAUCCCACGACUCUGUGUGGCUGGAUCACAGGUAGAGAAGCUCUGUAUAUGGAGAAUCUUCAGGACAGUGAAAUCGGAGCCAUCUGUGUGAGGUUGCUCAGGUCUUUCACGGGCUGGUCAGUGCCAGAAGUCUCAAAGACACUGAUCACCAGAUGGGGUUCUGAUUCCCACGUCCGUGGCUCCUAUACAUUUGUUCCUGAUGGUGUCAAUGGAGUAAAAGCACACGAGGCAUUAGCGUCACCUCUUCCCCCUAAACAUAAAUCCAGAGGCAGGAAGCACCUUCAGGUGUUGUUUGCUGGUGAAGCUACACAUGUGAACUUCUACACCACGACCCAUGGAGCGUACCUCACAGGCGUCAGAGAAGCAGAACGACUCAUAAGCUAUUACGCCGAUUGAACAUACAGUACCAAAGAGAGGGCAACAUACAUUAGCAUUUCAUGAAGAUUACAUUUUAUGAGUUGCAUAACAUUUUAUAGACUUGCUCUUACACCCCACAGACUUACACAAGUCUUGUGUUCAAACGACCCAUAGGCUGCCUGAUAAACAGCGGAUCCUAUAUCCAAGUGAUCUCUGAACCAAGCAUAUCUCUGUCUGGUUAAUUGAUAAACUACAACAUGUUGUGUGUGUAAUACUGAUGGAGAAAUAUUCUUUCCCACAUUCCAAACAAUGUUAAAUAAUAUUUUCUAAAAUUUAAUUAAAGUAAACACUGUAAUAUUUAAAGAUUAUUUAAAAAUACUUCACAUACUGCAGCACAAAUACAGUGCCCUCGAGUGAUAUAUGCAGCAUUAUCCUGGAAAUUUGCACUUGAAUUGUUUUAAAAUUGCCUCAAAAGUUUUUAUUUUUGUUUGGUCAAUAUGCAAUAUGGUGGACUUCUGCAAUGCCACAGUGCCUUAAAUAAAUUAUUUCACAGGGAA